AUGGGCCAAUCUAGAUUACGACUUGACAAACAUAUUUUUGGGACGAACGGUUUUGGGAUUUUUCUUUCAACCACAACAUCUCCAAAGUUGCAAGCGUUUUGUGAUGCUGAUUGGGCACCAUGCCCUACUACCAGGAGAUCAGUUACUGGUUAUUUGGUGAAGUUUGAUGACUCUCUAAUCUCUUGGAAAGCAAAGAAACAGCCUACCAUAUCCAGGAGCUCUGCAGAAGCAGAGUAUAGAAGCAUAGCUUCCACAGUGGCUGAGAUUGUUUGGGUUGUUGGUUUGUUUACAGAACUGGGGAUCACUCUAACACUUCCUGUCUUUGUCCAUUGUGAUAGCAAGUCAGCCAUACAGAUUGCAGCUAACCCUGUAUUUCAUGAACGUACAAAACAUAUUGACAUCGAUUGUCAUUUCAUUCAUGAGAAGAUCUUACAAGGUCUCAUUGAGACUGUCUAUUUGUCUACCACUGAGCAGUAG